AUGUAUGUGUCGGUUAAUAUUGUAGCCUUUGGGAAUGAGAGAGAUGGGUUUUCCGAGGACAAUCAGCAGCCGAGCCUGAUGUGGAGCUAUCUCAGGAGAAGUGCUCUCAUUUCCCAGAUUGACAACAGCUUGUCUGCCAGUCACACCGGAAACCCGGUUUUUACCGAUUAUCAAGCCUGCGUGUUUGCAAAUGUCAGCCUGAUGGUACGCGACUGUCCCGUCUGGGAUAUAUUUGACAGUGACUGGUACACCUCUCGCAGUCUCAUUGGAGGAGCUGAUAUUAUUGUGAUUAAAUACUCUGUCAAUGACAAGACUUCAUUUCAAGAACUAAAGGACAGUUAUAUCCCAAUGAUUAAAAGAGCAUUAAACCACAGCUCAAUUCCAGUCAUUAUUUCUGCUAUUGGUGCAAGAAAAAACGGAGUGCCUUGCACCUGCCCUCUGUGCACUUCAGACAGGAGGAGCUGUGUGACCACCUCCGAAGGAGUUCAGCUUGCCAAGGAACUGGGAGCCACUUACCUUGAAUUGCACACUCUGAAUGACUUCUACGUGCAGAAGUACUUUGGAGGAGUGCUGGAAUAUUUUAUGAUCCAAAGUUUGAAUCAGAAGUCAUCUGAAAAAAUGAAGAAAAGGAAAAAGAUGCAGAAGUGCCAUCGAGUUCAACCACCUCAGCUUGAACAGCCAGAAAAAAUGCCGAUCUUAAAGAGCGAAGCCUCUCACUACGACGCCGACCUGCACAACCUGCUCUGCUGCUGCCAGUGCGCCGACGUCGCCUUCUACCCUGAAGACUUCAGCACGGUGGUGGAAGCUCACAAGGUCAUCCUCUGCUCCGUCAGUCACCUCUUCAUGCUGCUCUUUGAGGUGAAGAGUCCGGACGACAUCCACGACGCCUCCAUUGUGCGCAUGGCCCAGAGCCUCUUUGCGGUGGAGACGGGGGCUGCCUUCCCCCUGGAUCCCUGCGGUGUCCCACCCUGCAUCCCACCACUGAGGGUGGUGGUGAAGGACUCCACCUUCUGCUCUUGCCUCCCAGACAUCCUCCGCUUCAUCUACUCAGGUGCUUUCCAGUGGGAACGACUAGAAGAGGAUAUAAAAAAGAAGUUGAAGGAUCCAGAAAAAACUGAACAUGUACUUGAGAAGGUGAAAUGUAUCCUGAAAACUCCAGGGAAGCUAAACACUGUAAAGGACUGCCGGUCUCACCAGAUAAAAAGGCUGUAUAAUACUUCUCUCAGGCUGUUCUUUAAUACACCUGUCCUAGCUGAUGUCAUCUUCAAAAUACAAGGUGCAACUGUACCAGCCCACAGAGCAGUUCUGGUAGCUCGCUGUGAGGUAAUGGCAGCUAUGUUUAAUGGUAAUUAUCUAGAAGCAAAUACUAUUCUGGUUCCAGUGUACGGGGUUUCCAAAGACACUUUCCUCUCCUUUCUAGAGUAUCUUUACACUGACUCCUGCUGCCCAGCCAGUAUUCUCCAAGCCAUGUCUCUCUUGAUCUGUGCUGAGAUGUACCAAGUGAUGAGACUCCAGCAUAUUUGUGAGCUUUACAUUAUCACGCAGCUCCAGAGCAUGCCCAGCAGGGAACUGGCAUCCACAAGUCUCAGCAUUGUUAGCUUGCUCAAAAAAGCUAAGUUCCACAAUUCUGAUUGCCUUUCAACUUGGCUUCUUCAUUUUAUUGCCACUAACUACCUCAUCUUCAGUCAAAAGCCUGAAUUUCAAGAUCUUUCAGUGGAGGAGCGUAAUUUUGUAGAGAUGCACCGAUGGCCUUCCAAUUUGUACCUGAAGCAGCUUGCUGAUUACAGGAACUACAUCCACUCUCAGAAGUGCCAUUGCACGGUGAUGUAA